AUGGUCGCUCCGAUCCGCGCUACCGUCCUCAUCUCCGGCAAUGGCUCCAACCUCCAAGCGGUGAUCGACAAAGUCGCUGAGGGCCAGCUGAACACCACUCUCGUCCGCGUGCUCUCGAAUCGCAAGGACGCCUUCGGUCUCGAGCGUGCCAGCAAGGCCAACAUUCCGACGCUGUAUCACAAUCUCGUCAAGUACAAAAAGCAGCACCCCGCGACACCGGAGGGCGUCCAGGCUGCGCGAGAGGAGUACGAUGCCGAGCUUGCGCGACUAAUUCUCGCCGACUCGCCGGAGCUGGUGGUGUGUCUGGGCUUUAUGCAUAUUUUGUCACCACAAUUUCUGGAGCCAUUGGAGAAGGCGAAUGUCCGCAUCAUCAACCUGCACCCUGCGUUGCCGGGGGCGUUCAAUGGUGUGAACGCAAUUGAGCGGGCUCAUGCUGCGUGGAUGGAGGGUAAGAUCGACAAGACUGGAGUCAUGAUUCACGACGUGAUCUCGGAGGUGGACAUGGGCAAGCCGAUCCUGGUCAAGGAGAUUCCUUUCCAGAAGGGCCGGGACGAGGAUCUGGAUAAGUUUGAGUCUCUGGUCCAUGAGACUGAAUGGGGUGCCGUCAUUGAGGGUGUCGGUAUGGUGUUGAAGGAGCUGCAGGCCCAGAAGCAAUGA